AGAUUAGAUUAUCUUAUUUUAGAAUAAUUGAUUACUGGGCUCAGUGUCUUGAUAUUUAUAGUGUGCUUUAUUUUUAUAAACUGUAAUGAAGAGAUUUAUGUCACUUUUUAUAAUGAAGGUUUUAUAGUCAAAUGGCUAAAUCUAUUAAACUGCAGUUGGAGGUUGAAUUGGGUACUUCUGAAAUUUCUGAAAAUGUAAUCCCAGAUAGCAUUUUGUUAGAGAUAUUCAAUUAUCUUUCAUUUAUUGAAUUAAGCCGUGCUUCACGAGUUUGCAAAACUUGGUACAGAGUUGCUCAUGAUGACAGCCUUAGAAAAAUAAUAGAUGUUAGAGGAAAAAGUUUAUCGAUUAAGCAAGUAUGGAAGUUACUGCGAUAUCAAUGUACACCCAUACUACGAGAUCUCAGAUUAAAAGGUUAUGUAUUUUUAUCAAAAGGAAAACCAAACUGGAGGAGAGCCACAGUAUCUCAGGCAGUGUUAAGCAAAUUACAAAAACAGUGUCCUGAUAUCAAAACAUUAUGUUUAGAAGAAGUUUUUUUAGGAGCUCAUGUAAAUGGUAAUGGUUUAAACAUUUGCAAUUUUCCAAGAACACUAACUUGCCUCAGCUUUAAAAAAAGCUUUCUUCAUUGUGAUAAAUUAUUUGGAACAAACGCAUCAAAAUAUUUACCAUACUUAGAACAUUUAGAUCUUAGUUACUGUACUUUAGUUUGUAGUCAUGAUAUGAUUUAUUUUUCUGAAUUUAAACAUUUGAAAAAAUUAUAUAUAAAUGGUUGCUAUAGAAUUAAUGAUGGAGGUUUAGAACAUAUUAGUUCCAUCUUUUGUAACUUGCAGGUACUUGAUGUGGAGGAAACAGAUAUUUGUAAUAAUAGUAUCAUUGCCAUAUUGAAAAAUGGAAUAAAUUUAAAAGAGCUGUACAUAGGCCACAAUUUAAUUACAGACAUACCAUUUGUUACCAUUACGAAAAGUUCAUCAUUAGAGAUUUUAUGCCUACAGAAUACAUUAGUUACGGAUUGUACUUUAAAAAGUUUUGCUGAUGUUUUUUCAAAUUUAAAACAUUUAAAUAUUCAAGGUACUAAAAUAUCUGAGAAAAAAAUAAAAGAACAUUUAAAUGUGAAAUUGCCCAAUUGUUUUGUAAAAUGUGAUAAAACAUUUGCUAAAUGUGAUCAUUCAUCUGCUCAUUGGUUAUGCCAUCAAAAAUAUUAAAAAUUAAGCAAUUUUCUCAAGUAUAUGAAAAUUAUGGCUGUUUUAAUUAUUUUAAGUUAAAAAAUAAAAAAAUAUUUUGUUGAGCUUUGUU